CACUCCACCCCUCACCAACAUGGCCGCUACAGCAACAGCCCCUCCUGCGCGUUACGGACGUAGCGAGUCGUGACGUCAUAGGAAAGCGCCGGUUGUCGGCGGGGGCUACACGUGUACAUGGGUUUGGAAACUUACCGGCUGAGCCAUGGACACACCGCUAAGGCGCAGUCGACGGCUGGAAGGCCUACGGCCCGAAUGCUCCGAGAGCCUCACCUUAGUUUCGCGGGCGAGACGGGCCCUUGUGGAGUUCGCGUCGAACCCAGAAGAAACGAGGGAGUCCGGGUCUCCUCCAAGUGUGCAGCAAGCUGGCCUGGGCUCCCCCGAAAGGCCGCCGGAGACAAGCCCAGGAUCACCCAGUCUGCAGCGGGGUGCAGGCUUGGAGUCCCCCCAAGGGCACCCAGAGCCAGGCCCAAGCUCCCCCCAGCGUCAGCAAGACCUACACCCGGAGUCGCCUCAAAGACAGCCGGAGUCCAGUCCUGAAUCCCCACGAUGUCAGCCGAAGCCAAGUGAGGAAGCGCCAAAGUGUUCUCAAGGCCAGGGAGUACUGGCCUCUGAGUUGGCCCAGAAUAAGGAGGAGCUGACCCCGGGGUUCCCCCAGCAUCAGCUACCGCCGGGCCCAGAAUCACCAGAGCCUUACCCCGGUCAGCAAGCUCCCGGUCCGGAGCCCUCGCAGCCACUACUGGAGCUGACACCCGAAACACCUGGCUCCCCCCGGGGUCAGCACGAGCCGAGCAAGCCACCUCCAGCUGGAGAGACGGUGACAGGCGUCUUCGGGGCAAAGAAGCGAAAAGGUUCUUCAUCCCAAGCCCCAGCGUCCAAGAAGUUGAAGGAAGAGAAGCUUCCUGUGAUCCCAAAGGGGAAGCCCAAAUCGGGGCGAGUGUGGAAGGACCGCUCCAAGAAAAGAGUUUUACUCUUGUUGCCCAGGCUGGAGUGCGAUGGCACCAUCUCGGCUCACCGCAACCUCAAGUCUCCCAGGUUCAAGCGAUUCUCCUGCCUCAGCCUCCCGAGUAGCUGGGAUUACAGAUUCUCCCAGAUGCUCCAGGACAAGCCCCUGCACACAUCGUGGCAGCGGAAGAUGAAGGAGCGGCAGGAGAGGAAGCUGGCCAAGGACUUUGCCCGUCGCCUGGAGGAGGAGAAGGAGAGGCGCCGCCAGGAGAAGAAACAGCGCCGCGCUGAGAACCUGAAACGCCGCCUGGAGAAUGAGCGGAAGGCAGAGAUUGUCCAAGUGAUCCGAAACCCUGCAAAGCUCAAGCGGGCAAAGAAGAAGCAGCUGCGCUCCGUUGAGAAGCGGGACACCCUGGCCCUGCUGCAGAAGCAGCCACCCCCUCAGCCGGCAACCAAGAUCUGAGCUCGGGACAGCCGAGGCCUUCCAUGGCCAACUACCAUGCCAGACACAGCACCUCCAGCCACUGUUCAGACGCCUCUGCUGGCGCCAGCAUUCCAGCCCCAUGGCUCCAAAACAGGGACCCCACCCCGACUGGGGCUCUGGGGCCUUUGAAGGCUUGCAGGCAGGUCUAUGUGGGACACAAGCCCAGAGGGGGCCUGGGACCUGGCAGAGAUGUGGGUGAGAAGAGAAUCAGCCCCUAUUCCUCCUUCCUCCCCUUCUCCAAGUGCCUUCAAACCAAGAACAGUACGUUCUUCUGGUUCCUCAGUGAGCUGGUGACUGGCAGGUGGCUCCCCCAGUGGUAUGUGUCUUGUUUUAGCGUCCUGGGUCCAUCCCAGGCCUGGAGGCUGGAAGUUGGGAAUCCCGCUUCCCCUACACCUUCCCAAAGGCUGCUCUGGGCACCUCUGCACCCCACUGUCUCUGUCCCCAGCAAGCUGAAUCCGGCUCCCCAUCUUCAACACUGAAACAUUAAAAGGGGGAGGUUGCAGGGAACAGGGUUUUUCCCUAGCACCCCCUCUCCCAAACCAGGUUCUGCAGAAGCCCCAGAGAAUCUAACUCCUGUCUGUCCAGUCCACAGCACAAAUAUUUAUUGAGUGCCUGUUGCCUACAGGCACAGUCCUAGGCACCAGCAAAUACAUACAGUAGAACAAAGUCCCUGCCCUCAAGGUGCUUUCAUUCUGAUGGAGAGAAAACAUAAUAAACAAGCAAAAUGUA